AAUUUCUCUUUAAAAUGGCAGCGCAGCCAACAAAGCUUCAAAUACUUUGCUUCUUUGUGUUGUUUUUCGAGAUAAGACUUGAGAGACAGCAAUGUCUGCAGGAAUCGCUCGUGGCCGUCUUGCUGAAGAACGCAAAGCUUGGCGCAGGAAUCAUCCCCAUGGGUUUGUGGCUAAACCGGAGACGCUUCCAGAUGGGUCAGUGAACUUGAUGGUGUGGCACUGCUCUAUUCCUGGUAAAACAGGGACGGAUUGGGAAGGUGGUUGUUAUCCAGUUACGAUUCACUUCAGUGAAGAUUAUCCUAGCAAACCACCGAAGUGCAAAUUCCCACAAGGUUUCUUCCAUCCGAAUGUGUAUCCAUCAGGAACAGUUUGCUUGUCGAUCCUCAAUGAAGACAGUGGUUGGAGACCAGCCAUUACAGUGAAACAGAUACUCGUUGGCAUCCAAGACCUGUUAGAUCAGCCAAACCCUGCUGAUCCUGCUCAAACUGAAGGAUAUCAUCUCUUUAUUCAGGAUGCUAUUGAGUACAAGAAGCGGGUUAAGCUGCAGGCCAAGCAAUAUCCUCCUCUGGUGUAGUCUUUAUAAUGUUUGGUAUAAUCAUGUGUAUGUGUGUGUUCGCUGGUCAUAGCCUACUGAUAGCUGACACUGCUUUGGCAAUAUGAUGGUUGAUUAGUUUUGUUGCAGCAGCGAAUUGAAUCGUUAUAGUUGGAAUUUAUACCUGAUUCUGGUUUUCAUUGUUACUAAGUCAUCAUAUAUGUGUGUGUAUUAACAUGCAAAGCUAUAAUUGUUUCAGACGAUUGAAACAUGUCAUUGGUUCUCUAAUUUCUUUUGUGAUAUCAGAGUACAUCUACUAUUCCUAA